CACAUUCCACAGUGAGGAGACCACAGGUAAGCAGCGAGAGAGAGAGAGGGAGAGAAAGAAAGCACAGAAGACAUCAUGAAUACACCCCAAUACUGCCUUCUGAUGUUGCUUAUCUACUCGGGCGACCCCAAUGCAGGAGCUCUGAAUGGUAUUAGCCCGUUCAUAAGGCAUUACGAAGGCUUGUCUUAUGAUCGUGAGGCCUUACACAGGAGACACCGGCGCGCCAAACGAGAGACCCAGCCUCAGGACCAGACACUGCAGCUGGACUUCAGAGCUUUUCUCAGGACCUUCCGGUUGCGUUUGAGGCGAGACACGACGGGAUUCACAGAGCCUUUUGAAGUCUUCUCUGAAAAUAUAUCAAGUACAGCAGACCUCUCCCAUCUAUAUUCUGGAGAACUUGAAGAUGAGAAGGGAUCUUCCUGUCACGGCUCGGUCAUCCAGGGCCAGUUUGAGGGUUCUGUCCUCACAGCCAAUGGGACAUAUUACAUAGAGCCUGUCCACAGAUACACCAGCCAGCCCACACAACACCACUCCAUCAUCUACCAUGAGGACGACAUGGAUGCUACUCCCAUGGAAAGCAGACAUGACGGGUUCUGUGGUGCAGAACGUCUGCAGCGCCUUGCCCAAAGCCUCAGACCCAAUCAGGACGUUCCAGUGUUCAGGUCGAAGAGAACAUUGGACCAGUCUAAAACCAGCUGUCUACUCCACCUCCAUGCUGACCACUUCUACUACAGGAAGUUCAAGAGUGUCGAGGCUGUUGUGGCUCAGGUUGCCUCCUAUGUGAGAGCGGUGAAUGAUAUUUAUGACAAGGCCGACUUUGACGGUCUCAAGCUAAUCAACUUCAAAGUGAAAUCACUCAGUGUCAUGAGAGAGGAGGAUGAGACCAACCCCCUGAAUCGGCCCUUCCUCGGCCCAGAGAAGCUGCUCAGUCUGUUCUCUGAGAGUAACUGGGGAAACUACUGUCUGUCCUACCUGCUGACCAACAGGGACUACAGUGGAGUGCUGGGGCUGGCAUGGGAGGGCAAGACAGGGAACUGGGGAGGGAUUUGUUCGCGACACACUCUCAUGCGGGAUGGUAGCAACGCCAGUCUGAACACGGGCCUGAUCACGCUGCAGAACUACGGCCAGUACCUGCCCCCCCAACACGUUCAGCUCACCCUGGCCCAUGAACUGGGCCACAGCCUGGGCGCCCCUCAUGAUGAAGGUUUGGAUUGUGGGAACCUGGGUUCUUCUGGAGGGAAAGGCAGGUUCUUGAUGUUCCCUCACGCUACCAAUGAGGUCCGGGAGAACAACGAUAAGUUCUCUCCCUGCAGCAUCAAGCAUAUCAGCCGAGUCCUGAAAGUCAAGAAGGAUGACUGCUUUGUGGUCAGUGAUCAGCCCAUCUGUGGGAAUCAGAUCGUGGAGGAGGGGGAGGAGUGUGAUGUGGGCCACAACGAGACAGACCUCUGCUGCCACAGUGCCAAGGAAUCUGUGGGCAUCCAGUGUCGCCUGAAACCUAGCAAGAAGUGCAGUCCCAGUCAGGGUCUGUGCUGUGGGCCAACGUGUGUCUUGAAACCGUCAGGGGUCAGCUGUGAGGAGGAGUCAGACUGUCAGCUGGAGAGUAUUUGCUCUGGUCUCUCCCCCAUCUGCCCCGAGCCUGUGGCCAAGGCCAACAUGACCAUAUGCAGUCUGGGCACCCGGGUGUGUCUCAACGGGAACUGUGCUAAAUCACUGUGUGUGAGGUACGGCCUGGAGCAGUGUGACUGUCUGGGAGAGUCCAAAAACGAAAAGUGCCACAUGUGCUGUCAACAGCCGGACAAGCCUGCAACCUGCGCCAGCACCACAUCCUCUGUCUUGGCCAGGCAUUUCCAGGGAAAGCGUGUAGCGUUGGUUGCCGGGGCACCGUGUUCAGCCAAGCAGGGCUACUGCGACAUGUUCCAGGUGUGUCGCAUCCUGGACGCUGACGGGCCCAUCGCCAGGCUGAAGAACUCCUUUCUCCACCUGGUAGACCUGGAUGAGUUUGAUGAUCUGGCUGAGUGGAUAAAGACUCACUGGUGGGCCAUUCUCUUGGUCAUCAUGACUCUGUCUGCCGUGAUGGUCAGCACCGUGUGCCUGUGUGGACGUACCCUGGACAUGGGUGAACCAGAGUAACCACUGUAGCUCCAACAGUGGCAGUUGGUGCCAUUCAAGAUUAGGGAGAGCGACAAUUUUUUUUAUAAGCAUGGUCUUAUUUCGAUUACAGCAUAUUGGAUGACUGCCAUUCAUAUUCCCUUCACCCAGCUCAAUGUAACAUCGAUAGGCUUUAGGCUACUACAUGAUACUCGAAUUGGCCCUAUACCCAUCAUGAG